UAUCAUGGCGUCAUGUCCGUAAAGAGAGAGAUUUAUACUCGUUUAUAAUACUUUAGGUUAAAUGAAUUUAGGUUUAACUGAAACCUUCUUUUAUAGCCAAUAAAUCAAAUAUUAUAAUUGCAUUAAUGGUAAUGCAUGCAAGAAAACUUCCAAGGCUCAAUGAUGGGAUCUUUGACAGAAACGAACCCCAUCCUUAUGAGAACACUGAAAGUUAUAUUGGAAAAUCAAACUACGGUGAACACUAUAACAAUAAGAUGCAUGAAUCCCCAGGUGGAAGAAGUGGUAGUCUUGAUAAUCGACACAGUCCUCAUCAUCUCAACAAAUCGUAUUCUCACAGGCUUAAGGAAAGAGAUCACAUGGAAAGAAAUUCUGCAAGAUCCCCAGCACUCAGAGAUCGCAGAAGCAGUGGAAGCAGUUCCAGUACGGGAAACAAAACAUACCAUAUGCCACCAUCAUCCAAUUCAACCCCAUCCCGCAGACCAGAUGCUUCUGCUGGUGGUACUCACCGUAAUAAUGACAGGAUUAAUGCAGAGGAAAAGGAAAGACGACUUCAAAUUGGUGACUGGUCAGAACACAUCAGCUCCUCAGGGAAGAAGUAUUAUUACAAUUGCAAAACAGAAGUUUCACAAUGGGAGAAACCUAAGGAAUGGAGUGAAUGGGAAAAGAAGCAGGGUGCUCAUAAGUCUUCAAGUGAGACCAGUAGAACAAAGGACAGGUUGAUGGAUAGACAAACCUUGGCCUCGGGAAGUAGGUCCACUGACAGACAUUCCAACAGUGGUAGCAGCAGUGGAGAAAGAAGUGCACGUAAUUAUCAAGUUUCUAGGUCACAUGACCACCCAUCUUCUACUGCUCCCUCACCAGUCAAACCCAGCAGCUCUUCAUCAAGCAGUUUCAGUACUGAACAUAACACCAGUCGAAGCUCACAAAGAGACGAACCAUCUCAGUCACGUGGUGGAGACCGAACACCAGGUCAUGACAGGAGAGAGAGUGUUCGAAAAACAGAUGGUCGGAAAACUACUGAAGCUGAUGGACAAUCACAGGACACUGACCUCUCACCUGACAGUAGCAGAACACCAACUAGUGGUUAUCAUGAUUAUAGAUUUUACAAUAGAAGCCAGAUUCCUGUUGUGUCUUCAAGUAACCAGCAUCUUACUGGCUCACAAGCAGUGCCCCCAAACACACCCCAAGGAAUGCAACCCCCUUCCCAACCUCAGCUGCUUUCACCGUCCCAAGUCACGCUAGCCAAUCUGCCGAAACUAAUCACUCAGCUAGCAGGAACAAAAGGGUUACCAAAUCUUUCUGAGCUUUCUCCCCAAGAAGCUUUACGGACCAUUCAGCAAGCACUACAGUUGACAAAACAAGUGACAAGUUUAGCACAUACAGCAUGCAAUUUAAGCCGAUCACCACACAGGUCAGUUUCAGUUACUCAAUGUGACUCUUUUUGUCAAAAAGGCUUCUCUCUGCUACCACCGACCAGUCAGUUACAACAGACUAGUCAGAAUUCUAACCCAUCCAGCUCAGGACAGUCUUCAGAUUCCCACAUUCAGACAAGUCUUCAGUUUCCCCAUCCUGCAGCUGAUGAAAAAGGUGAUCCAGACAAGGGCAGGAUCUCACCUGGAUCAGACUAUAGUUCUCAUUCAUCAAGACGAGGUAGUCCAACCUCUAGUGUGAGUAGUUUGCAGAGUCUCAGUGGCACAGGAGCCAUUUCCUUAGCAUCUGCAGCACUGAAACCAUCUGUGCCCAGUCUGACUCCUUCCUUGGCUAAUUAUUUUUGUGAGAAUCUAAUAUCUCAUGUCACUGGUUGGCAGGCUGAUCAUGCAGAAAGACAGGCCAACCGCUACAGUGAAGAAGCACAUAUGAUAGGCAGUCUCAAUUGCACCCAAGUUUCAGCAGAUCUAAAAAUGGCAAGGUCUUUGGUUAGAUUAGGAGAAAUCCAAGCUACUCUUCAAGAACAAAGAAUACUUUUCCUCAGACAGCAGAUAAAAGAACUUGAAGAUUUAAAAAGUCAAAAUUUAUUUAUGUCUGAUUCCUAGUAUGUGCAGGUUUAUAGAAAUAUUAAAUUACUGAGGGACCCAUAAUGCAACAGAAAGGAACGGUUUUGAAAGAAUUUGCUGUUUUGCCACGUUCAAAAGGGCUAACCUUCACUGCAGUGUUGUGUUCAUAGGUGUUUCUGAUAAAAGAGUUUGUGGGUGAAUGAAACCCUGAAAAGCACUAAGCCUGAUGAUGCCCUCUUUGAUUAAGCUGUUAAUUUCAAGUACUUUUUUUAAGAUAAAUUAAUAAAUAAAGAUAUACAAAGUUGUAAUGUAAAUUGUUUCCUGAACUGAUUUAAUCUUUAUGUGAAUGUUGCCCAAGUAUUAAACUUUUGCUGAAAUGACAGUUGAACAUUUUUAGUUUAAACUGUAGAAGAGAGUGAUCAAACUUACUGGAACUGGUUUUAUUGUAAAAAAAACAACAAAGAACAUUCAGUAAUAGGUUCUUAUAUAAAAAAAAAAAUUUUCAGCUUUAUUAAUCAGUUUAAAACUUUUCAUUGAUAGUUUAAGUAGUUUAAACAAAGUAACUUUGUUAAUAUAAUUCUACCAUAAGAAUUAUACCUACACAUAUAUUUGGUAAACUUUGUUUUGACAGAAAUAAUCUGAUGUUAAACUCUCUUAGUUGGAAGUCAUUUUCAGCCAUUAAAGUGAAGUCAUGCUUAUGAGAACCAUGUUUGUUUCUUACUUAUUAAUAUGUUUCUGCAAACACAGUAAAAUUGUUAAUACGUAGAUAUAAUACAACCAUAUUUACACACAAAUUGACACGUUUAUUCCAAACAGGCUAGUAAAUGAAAAACUUUGUUAGUUAGAUCUUUAAAACGUUGGUUUUCUAUGUAAUUUCUUGUUUCAGACAUAAUUUUAAAAUUCUGAUGCAUUCACAGAGCUUGCAUGUUAAUCUUUAUGUUAAUAUAUGAGAAUGAUUCAGUGGGACUUACCACUGAAGUAAUCUAUACGUUCUGUUUUCAGUGAUGAUAUAAUGGCAAAAAGUAAAGAAUGAAUUAUAAAAUCUUGUGCAUUCAUUAUACUAAGAAAUCGAAUAAGAUAAAAAAAUUAAAGAAAUUACAAAAUAAGAAACUUUGUAAUCUAAAAGGUUUCAAAAGGUAGACAUUCCUUUUUCAAAGUUCCCAAUUCAUCUUCGAAGAAAGAAGUGCUCUAGUUGUUGGGUUUCAGAUUUUGUGAAAAGUUUAUGCAUGUCUUAUAUAAUUUCUAUAUCUUUAAAUGGACAAAAAAAAUUUCUUGAGUCUCAUGCAGAAAAUUGUUGAUAUGAAAAAUGAAACAUUAUUGAGGGUCAAAUAUAAAUGGGAAAGCUAAUAAAUCCAUGACAUAUGUGGACUGUUAAGUGUUUUAAGUUUUAAUUCUCUGGCAAAAAUAUGCAGUUUAAGAAUAUAAAAUGUAUUAAAACUCUUUUAUGUAGGGUGGGUGGUACAGUACAUACAAUAUUCGUGGUUGGUUUGAAGAAGGUAAUAGUGAGCUGGGGUGCAUUGGUAUAGUUCAUGCACCCCAAUGUGUACUUAUUGAUGAUGAUGAAUUAAGUAGAGGUGUAGGAACAGGUGGGAUAAUUACCACAGGGCUUGGAUAUAAGAGAUCCACUGAAAUUAUUCCAAUUUGUUAUAAGAGGAAAAAAAUAUAUAUGAAUAAGAUUUGAAGGUGGUAAAAAAAAAACUCAAUCAGGUUAAUGGAAUUAAAAUACUUCAUUAAAACAUGGGUUCACACCAUUUUGAUAUCUAUGCAUCAAGUUUUUAAUUGGAGCUAACUUUCAAUUUGUCUCGUGGGUCAUCAUCUUGAGGUUGUCAAAAGCUAGCUCCAAUAAAAAUAUCGGUGCAAGACAUCCGUGUGGUGUAAACUCCUUAUUUAUUUAAGGACUUGAUAACUUGAUUUUUUUAACCACCCACAUUAUAAAUAAAAGAGAGAGAAAAGAUGUUGUUCCAAGAGCUCAGUCAGGUUUUAUCUCCUUGUUCAUUACUUGUUAAGCAAACUUUCAACUCAGUUGAGUUACUAUUAUCUUUUAUCAUUAAUUCACCCUCAUCUUUAAAGAAGAAAAUGUGGCAGUAUUGUGUUAAAACUUAGGAAUGGUUUUCAUGACACUACAUAUUAGAACAAAACAUAGAAUAACCUCUAACAGGCCAUCCUUAAUUACUCUUUGCUUUUGAGAUUGGAUUAUAAUCAUUUACAGAUUCUUAUACCAUUUAUUGUUUACAAGAAUUGAUGUUAGAUGAUUAGGUGACAGAGGUAGUGCUGGGAAGUAAACAAAAGAUCCAUUAUUUGUACUGUAAUUUAGUAUUUUGGCAUAUGCUUCAAUUAGAAUGAAUAGCUAGAAAAUAACAGAUGAUAAAGAUGUGUUUAAUGUCUUUUUAUUGUAGGUAAAGUACACCACCUGAUAUAAAGUACUUGGGGCUAAGAAAAAUGUCUGUAUUAAGUAAAAGUUUUUGACCAACAUAAAACAAAAUGUACUGUACAUAUAUUUGUGUGUGUGUGUGUGUAUGUUAAUCAGCAUUUUCACCUAAUUAAAGAAGAGGGUAAGUAAUGGAAUAAAAAAAAUGUAUAACUUAAUAUAAGCCUUUUUGUUGAUUAGUAAGAGUUAUACACAACUUGAGGAUAAUGUGAUAUUUCCCAUAAUGUUUUCUGAGGAUGUAAUAAAAGAAAAAUACCAAAAGUUUAAACCUGUAAAAAUUGUUUUUUUUUACAUGCAGAACCAGAAGUAAAUAAAAUUUAAUUGGUGCAUUUACCUUUACUUUAUCUUCGGUAUCUGUUACUUUCUCUCUUUCUCUAGAGAUACAUACACACACACACACACACACAUAUAUAUAUAUGUGUGUGUGUGUGUGUCAUUUAUGUGUACAUAUAAGGUAUAAAGUAACAUUGGGACUGCUAAUAUUAUUAUUAUUGAAAUUGAGAGGGUAUCAUCAGGCCAGUUAUGGAUGAUUUGAUGUGGAAUUAAUCACGUACUUGUUCUCCAUAUAAGAGAGAGAAGUAUAAUGUGUAUAAUAUAAUUUCCAGUUAAUUUUUUUUUAUAUAUAUAUAUAAUUGAUGUAAUUAUGAUGAUACUUCUUGUUUUUCUUUCUCAUUGCAUUAAUUGCAAAAAUUAUAAAGAACUUAUUGAUGGAGAAGAAAUGCUAUUGACACCAGUACGGUGUAUAAGCUUCAAGUCACAUCAACUCCAGUUUUGUGGGAGAAAUACCCCCAUUUUUUCCAUUUAGUCUUAUCAUUCAGUUAAAACAAUAACUGAUCCAAAAUGCCAAGGACUAUUUAUAAAGAAAGCUAAAUCUAUUAUGCUGACAUCAUCUACGUAACAGACCUGGUGUAAAUUAUAGGAAGACUAUUUAUAAAAGAAUAUAAAACCUAGCCUGCUUACAUUUACACCAUCUAGUUAAAAUAAAAAUUGGUGUAAAGUUAAAGAGGAAUAUUUCUGAAAGAAAGUAAAGCUUGGUGUGCUGAUGGUAAAGCUGUCGUGUAUAUAGACUGCUUUACUUUCCUACAGAAACACAUUUACUUUUUUUUUUAUGACCCCAUUACAUCAGUACUUUUGGAAGGAAACAUAAUACUGUUGUAGCUAACCCGCUGUGUGUACAAAAAAAAAGAAAAAAAGAGUGGAAUAAAGUUGAUAUUGUGACUGUUA